AUGACCUGGAACCCUACUCCAAACGGCACCUAUUUCGCAACCGGCUGUGAGGAUAUGUCUGUUCGCAUGUGGCAGGUCAUAGAAGAGGAGGAUCACUAUCAGGUCCGCCUGCAUUGGAGUUCGAUGCAUGACAGACUUACCGUGUCAAAUACCUCUAUCCAAAACGUCCAAGGCUUAAGCAGGAUAAACAUGCGGCUAUUAGAACAACGCGGCGCUGCGGGUAAGCCGAUUCAGCCUUUGGGCUUCCGUGAGGCAAGCGAAAAGCUAAUUACCAUGGCAUCCGUGGUGUAUAAACUCAAAGUGCCGUCAAACCACAAUAUGAUGGAUACCGCCGCCACGGCCGAUUCUUUCGCUGUACAGACAACAAAGCCGGUCGACUCGGCGAAUGUCUUUCCGCUUGCUUGA